AAUAAGGAAGAUUGACGGUUCACACACAUGUUUGUCAACCAUGCAACCUACAGAUCAUGUCAAUCUUGAUUCCAACCAAAUUGGUUCUAUUGUCAUGAACUCUGUAAAGGAAAACCCUUCCAUACCUAUCAAAAGUUUGAUAGCCGAAAUAAAAAAUCGUUUCGGAUAUUCGAUUUCCUACGACAAAGCUUGGAAUGGUAAGCAAAAGGCACUUACUAAGGAGUUUGGAGAUUGGGAAGAGUCUUACAAUGAACUUCCACGAUGGUAUCAAGUUGUACAAGAAAGUAACCCCGACACAAUAAUUCAAUGCAUCGGACCUCAUGUAGUUGUCAAUGGUCAACCUGACCCUUCUUGCUAUAUUAUGGAACGAGUAUUUUGGUCUUUUGGACCAUGCAUCCAAGGAUUUAAUUAUUGCAAGCUUGUUGUCCAAGUAAAUGGGACAUUUCUAACAGGUAGAUAUCAAGGGACAUUGCUAACAACGCUCGCUCAAGAUGGGUCACGCAAUAUAUUCCCUUUGGCCUUCGCGAUAGUGGAAGGAGAAACAAAGGAGGCCUUAAUCUGGUUUUUUCAACUCCUAAGGGACUACGUGACACCACAAUCAAACCUUUGUUUGAUAACGGACAUGGGGAAAUGUAUAUUGGUAGCACUACAAUCUGAAGAAGUAGAAUGGGAAGCAAAUGGUUUCCAAUCAAUACACUGCAUACGCCAUAUUGCUUCAAACUUCAACAAAAAGUUCAAGAAUCACGAGUUGAAAAGCUAG